UGACACUUAGAGAGCUCCGUAGAAAAAGAAAAUUGUUAAAGAGCGCCACCAAACCUUUUCUGAGACAGAGGGCGCUCUUGUAAACAACUACACGUGCAACUUUCAUUACUCUCCGAUCGUGGAAAUUCUGUUCCGGGUUGCACACAUUCUUAAUCCUCCAUGGUUAUUGUUAGAAAAGUGAAGUGUUUCUUAACAACAUAAUGUCAAGUUUUGCCAAACUUUGCUGUCGGUUGCGGUUCUCAGCGCAGGUAACAUGCUCUCGCUCAGUAAGAAGAUUAUGCCAAGGGGCCUCAAACUCAAAGGAUGGAGUGUUGCUCUCAGGAAAGUCAGAUCUCAGCAACGUUGGUAAAUCUGAUGAUGACGAAGACUCAACAAAAAUUGUCCAACUCGUCAACACAGCCUCAGAGAAGGACCUCGCAGCAAUGAAGCACGUGUCCCCAAAUAUUGCUACCUGUAUAGUGUCGCACCGCGAAGCGAACGGGCCCUUCGCGGAGGUGAGGGAGCUGUUGAAAGUUCCCGGGAUCGGCCGACAGACACUGCAGAGGAUUUGCAGGGGAAUCCUGAAGCCUCCGCUUCAGGUGGACGUAAGUGGCAACGGAGCCACGACCGAAGCACAGCAAGCUGGAAUCGCUGCAAGCAGGAUUGAGUCCCUGCAAGACAUAGUGGCAGUAGACGUUGGUCUGAGGCACCUUAGCUGGGUGUACAUGACCAGGGACAGACAGGUGUGGCAAUGGCGAGUCAAGGACAUCGUAGAUAUCAAGGCAGGCAAAUGGGACCCCCCAGCCUACCACAAAAUGGUCACAGACGCCAUCGCUGAAAUGCCCAACCCAGACCUCUAUGUCCUGGAGCACCAACCUUACGUCAACGCUAACAAGGCCACUUAUCAGAUGCUCCUCUUCCAACGCACUCUACAGAGCAUGUUAUUUACAGCCCUGAACCACGACCAAAAAGAAACCGGUACCCCGCACGUGAUCUCUAUGCUGCAUACGCAGGUCGGGCGCCACUUUGGCUUGCAGGUCGGAGGCACGCGCAUGAGCGGGCAGGACGUCGUGGCGAAAAUCUUACGCGAGGAGGCGGAGAGAGAGGAUGAAAAUGACGAGGAUUUGCCGGCCAGACUGAGCUGGGAGGACGCGGAGACGUUCCACUCCGCGACCAAGCAUGAGAAAGAGCACCUGGCCAACUGCUUGUUACAGGCGAUUGCUUUUUACGACUUGGUCGUGGACAGGGUAGAAACAGAUCGAGCUAAAAUUCCCUGAAGUUUGUAAAUAUCGAGACUUUUAAGACUUGAUUAAGAUUUUCUGGACAUUUUUGGCAUUGCUACCCCUGAUUGGUAG